UAUUCUUCACAUUUGCUUGAGGAAAGUGAAUCUCUGACGAUGCCUGAACCAGCGAAGACAGCGCCCAAGAAGGGCUCCAAGAAAGCCGUGGCCAAGACCGCCGGCAAGGGCGGCAAGAAGAGGAGAAAGACCAGGAAGGAGAGCUACGCCAUCUACGUGUACAAGGUGCUGAAGCAGGUCCACCCCGACACCGGAAUCUCCUCCAAGGCCAUGAGCAUCAUGAACUCCUUCGUCAGCGACAUCUUCGAGCGUAUCGCCGGUGAGGCCUCCCGCCUGGCUCACUACAACAAGCGCUCCACCAUCACCUCCAGGGAGAUCCAGACCGCCGUCCGCCUGCUGCUCCCCGGGGAGCUGGCCAAACACGCCGUGUCUGAGGGCACCAAGGCCGUCACCAAGUACACCAGCUCCAAGUAAACAGCUCUGCUAUAACAACAACCCAACGGCUCUUUUAAGAGCCACCCACUUUCUCUACAAAGACAAAACCGUCCUCUGCUUUGACUGUAAACUAUUUAUUAUCAUAUCGAAAGGUGCUGCAGUAAUAAAUUUAAUACAAAUGUACUUGUCCACAUGCCUUAUCAUACAGGGUAUAGACUAUAAAUACUUCUUUGUAGCUCGCGCUUAACGUUUCUUGAAUAAGAGCUCAAUGGAGACCUCUGCUGGUCAAAGCAAAGAAAGGUGCUGUGGUUGAAAAUGUUUCACAACACAUGAAUCUUCCAUUGAUACAUGAAUACAUAAAGAUGUUUCAUUGCAUACUCCAUGAAACUAAAAACAAUAAAGAAACUAUUUGUGGAUAUGGACAAGUCAUGAAGAGAUGAAGUAAAUAAAUGCAGGUGCAUGCACACACAAGUUGGUAAAAGUAUAAUGAAUCCACCAAAUACACCUUUACCCACUAACUCGCGCCUUUUUAAACUUUGUGAAUCAGAACUCGAAAUGAAGCUUGAACAGUAUUAGAGGUAUGACAUUUAUUUUAAAUUUGUAAUUAAAGUUCCUCUUCUGAAAGGAUCAUAGACGAUUAAUUGUAAAAACAGAUUUGUGUCCUUUUCUAAUUUGUAAUUUUUUUUACCAAUACUUUAUUUAUUAGAGGUCACAUGGUUCAGGAUAAUUUAAACUUUAACAUCAUAUUUUCUGAUGUAGGAGACAAACUCACAGGGAGCCAUCUACAUGCAGAUACAAUAAGUAGAGAAUAGUUAAGAUUAAGUAAAAACUAUAAUGGAACAUGUUGGUGUGCUGUUUGUAGAACACUAAUUUUUAACGAGUUUCGUCAUAGUGACAAAUAUAAUAGUGAAACAUUCACUUCUCAGUUUGUUAGUGAAAACUAAUGCAAUGUAAUAAACUCCUUCAUGAAGGAUGUAGUAGGAGUAGCUGAUGUGAUAUGAGAAGCUUUAAUACCUUUUAGGGCUAGUUUGUAGUUUUAUAUUCUCAAGUCAGACUUUUAAUAAACCCACAUUCAAACGAAUGUUAACGGAAGAUCACGCAUAUUAAUGUCUUUAAGUUAAAUCAGUUGUUUACAGUGAACGUUGGCAUGCAGUGUAUGUAUGUAAAAUCAUGUAUAUACAAGAAUGACAGGGAUUUUAUUUUCUGUAGCAAAAUACAGUCACAUUAACAGUUGCUCUCCCAGGUGUGUGUUUACUCUAACUCACUGGUCAUGUACUGACUUCUCUCCCAGCACCAGCUACUGAUCACUGUAGUAUAAUGCACAGAGCGCCCUCUGUUGACCAUAAUGUUCUUUACAGGAACAAAGUAACCACAGUUCCAAUGCACAAGAAUUAGUGGUGACCAUUGUGGCUUGUCUCACAAAAAACGACAUAAAUAAAUUUUUCUUAAGCACAAAACUGUUAAUUGACAUUAAUUGCUAACAUUAAAACUAAAGGAUUAAUCUCUGUAGAGGAGAUGUGUGGCUCUUAAAAGAGCCGUUGUGUUGUUGGGGUGUGUGGUGAC